UACACACACACACACACCCUCCAAGCCCCCCUUCCCCCCUCCCCCGGCAGGCAGCUCUCUGUCUGCAGCACACACACGCUCCACAGAAGAACAACUGCAAAGUCACCGCAGACAGACACAGAUUCACAGGAACAAUAGCAAAUGCUCACAAGGAGACGCGCACGCACGCACACACUGGACCUCUCCCAGCCUGGAGGCGCACUCUGCCCCUGCCUAAGGACAGCUGGCAACGCUGAUGUGCAACGCGCUGGCAUGCAAUGCCUGCUCUCACUGAUGUCAUCCUGUCCCUCGAGCUUGGGAAGCAUGUGGGGACACAGCCCCUUGCUGCCAUGGCAUAAAGGACUAGCUGGGCACAGACACCACUAAGAAGCUCUCCCAAUUUGCUAUUCCUUUAUUCUGCAGCUGCCCUGGUUCCAAUGCAACUACUGCUCCUGUCACUGCUUGUCCUGUGGGAACCAUGGCUCCUGGGAACCCUGGUAAAGGGCGAGAGAUGCAGCCAGAUGGCAUGGGCAGGGUUGGAAGGACAGGAUGCACCAAAUGAUAGAGGGACCUUUCUGAACCUCAGCGUGAGUGACUAUGGCCGCUCAGACUCUCUCCUUCUAUCCUGGGAUGAGCCAGAGGGGGGUGCCAUGGGAUAUUCACUCACCCUCUCUUCCCUGGCACCGGACAUGCUGCUGCAGAACAGAUCAGUUGAAUCCAACAGCACCAGUUUCUGGUUCCACGGGCUGACACCUGGCACAUGCUACAAGAUUAAGAUGACAGCUACUCUUGCCUACAUGGACAUCACCAGCCAGACAGUCACAGGACAGACAAGUCCUUCACCUGUCCACAACUUGAGCCUGAGCAGUGAUGGGAGAUCUGCUGUGCUGCAUGCCUCCUGGGAACAUGCCACUGGGCAGCGAGACAGCUACCACCUUGCCCUGUACCACAGCGACUCCCAGACGCUCAUGAGAAAUGCAUCCAUCCUGCCAAAUGCCUCUACAUUCCUGUUUGAUGGGUUGUUGGCUGGCAGUGAGUAUGCCUUGAAGGUCAGCACACUGUCUGGAGCCAGCCAGGCCAGCACCAGUAUCCAUCAGUGGACAGCACCCUCCGUCCCCACGCAGCUAAGGCUCAGCCCAGGUUCCAGCACCAGCCUCUUUGCAUCCUGGACUGGUGCUGAGGGGGCUGCCUGGCUGCACCUCACGCUCCGCAACCUCCUCACCCAGAUGGUGACCAAGACCCUCUCAGCCAAGAGAGGCCUCACCAACUACACCUUCCAGCACCUCUACCCUGGCACCCAGUACUGGUUGGGUCUGAGUGCCAUGGCCGGGCCUUACACCAUGAUGGGGCCAAAUGCCACAGCUUGGACAUACCCCCUGAGCCCUGGCAAUGUGACCCUGAGCAGCAUGGAGGAACAGAGCUCCUUGCAGGCUCACUGGAACACCCCAGCAGGAGAGAGAGACUUUUAUCUGGUGACUCUGCAGGAGGGAGAGGAUGGUGCUCCGACCAGGAACAUUUCUGUUGGAGGAGACAGCAGUCAUGUCACCUUCCAUGGGCUGAGCCCUGGGAAGCAAUUCUCUGUCCAGGUGACAGCAGUGGCUGGGCCUUACCGGGCUUCUGCCUACAGCAUGCCUACCUGGACACAGCCAUUGGCACCAUCCAGCGUGAGCCUCUGCAGCCAAGGUAGCUCCUCCAGGCUGCUAGCCCACUGGCAAGAGUCAAUGGGAGAGGCGUAUAUGCUGGCCCUCAGUGCUGUGGAGCACCCUGUGAAGAACAGCUCCCUUCUCAGAGGUGUCACCAACUUCACAUAUGAGGGCCUUCACCCUGGAACCCUCUACAGCUUUGAGAUCAGCACUGUGGCUGGCCCUCACACCUCUGCACCUCAGCGCAUCACUAACUGGACAUAUCCUUUGCCCCUUGAGCAACUGACCCUCACCAAUCAAGGCCUCAGCACCUCUCUACAAGCUUCCUGGAAAGCAGCUUCUACUGGCAGCACUGGCUACACUGGCACCCUCUGGGAGACCAAAUCCCAGAAGUGGGUCAGAAACAUGACUGCAGGGAACAACUUGACAAAUGUUACCUUUGAAGAUCUGGUCCCAGGGCGACAGUAUACACUGAAGAUGGUUGCCAUGGCCGGACCUUACAAAUCUCCCAUGCGAUCAGCCACAGACUGGACAUACCCUGUGGCUCCAUCCGGUGUGACCUUGACCAACACUAGACGCCCAUUAGGACUCUCUGCCUUCUGGGACAAGGCUGCUGGUGAUGUGGACCAGUACCACCUCCAGCUCUACAACAAGAACCUUCCAGCACAAAGGAAUGUCUCAGUGGGCCCAGAAACUCAGAAUUAUACAUUUCUGGGGUUGACUCCUGGCAUUCAGUACUUUCUGAAGGUGACUGUCCUCGCUGGCCCAUACAGAUCCUCGUCCUACUUUGCGACUGAGUGGACAUAUCCAUUAUCCCUGGCUAAUGUGAGCAUACAGCCUGGCCGGAGACCCCAGGAGCUGCAUGUGAGCUGGGUAGAGUCAGGUGGUGGCAGAGAGCACUUGGUACAGCUCUCAGUGGCUGAAUCCCUGUCCAUCAUCAGGAAUGUGUCUGUUCCCCAUGGAGUCACCCACCUUGACUUGGAUGGGCUGGUGCCAGGGUCCCAAUACCGUGUGGAGAUCUUCUCACAGGCUGGGCCUCAUCGCAGCUCCUCUCAGACUGCCAUUGGCUACACUGUUCCGCUACCUCCUCUCUCAUUGUCAGCAAUCCCUGUCAGCACUUCCUGGGCUCUGGCUGUGCACUGGGAGACCCCUGCUGGGCAGAGGGAUGGAUAUCUACUCAGUGUGCAUGAAGAGGGCUCCUCUUCAUCAGAAAGGAAUCUGGAUGUAGGAAAAGACAGCACCAACAUCACCCUAGCACAACUGACACCAGGAACUUGCUACCUUGUUGAGAUCCGGACUGUAGCAGGACCCUACUGUUCCCUCCCCAAGAACAUCACUGGCUGUACAGUUCCUGCUGCUCCUACAAAUCUGAGCCUUACCAACACAGGCAGCUCCUCAGAGCUUUUCACAUGCUGGAACAAGCCCCCUGGCAGAAGGGACCAUUAUCGUGUUACUAUAUAUAGCCUUACCUCUCAGAGUAGGGAGAGGGUCCAGACCUUGAGGCCAGAUGCCCAGAAUGUUACCUGGACUCACCUGGAGGCAGGCAGCAGGUUUGCUGUGCAGGUCACUGCUGUGAAAGGCUCAUUUGAAGCUUCUUCUGCCAAUGUCACCCAAUGGACAUAUCCUCUGGCUCCUGCCAACUUCACCCUGAGCAGCCCCUCUGCUUCCACACUGCAGGCCUCCUGGGCAGCAGAGGACAAGGGAGCAGAGGGCUACAUGGUGGAUCUCUAUGACACAGCCUCCAGCAGUUGUGUUGGGCACAUGGUGCUGAGUAGGCACACCAGGAGUCACACCUUCAGCAACCUGAGCCCUGGCACUUACUACAGCGUAGUAGUGAGGGCCACAGCUGGGCCCUACCAUGCCAGCACCCUCAACCUCACCCACUGCACACACCCUCUUCCCCCUGAGGCCGUGCACUUUCUGAGCAUGGGACACUCUGACAGGCUGAGUGCAUCUUGGAGAGCUGCAGCUGGGAAGCGAGACGGCUAUGUACUGACUCUGUACCACGUGAGGUUGAGCACCAUGGUAGCAACAGCUUCAAUUGGGAGAGACACCCACAACUUCACCUUCAUGAGCCUGGACCCAGGAUAUGAGUACUCCCUGGAGGUCAGUGCCACAGCAGGACCAUACCAGGCAGUGGCACAAAACAUCAGUGGCUGGACACGUCCCCUGCCCCCUGCCACAGUGUGCCUGCUGAGCGAGGGGCACUCCGACAGGCUGAGAGCAUCCUGGGGAGCAGCAGCCGGGGGACGAGAUGGCUACGCGCUGACUCUGUACCAUGUGAGCUUGGACUCUGUGGCAGCUACAGCUUCUUUGGGGAACAACACUCACAACUUCACCUUCAUGGGCCUGGCUCCAGGAAGCAAGUAUGUGUUAGAAGUGGUCUCCAUAGCUGGGUCCUACUGGACACCCGCUGGGAAUGUCAGCAACUGGACAUAUCCCCUGGCACCACGUAAUGUGUACAUGACAAAUCAGGGAUAUCCCAACAGGCUGAGCGUGUCCUGGAAAGAGGAGCCCAGAGGACACGACAGUUACAGGCUCCUUCUAUACCAUGUGGGAUCAGGUAUCAUAGCAGGCAAUGCAUCUGUUGGGAAAGGCACCAACAAAUUCACCUUCUCUGGCCUGGCUCCAGGGCACAAAUAUCUGCUGGAAGUCCUCUCCAUGGCAGGGCCCUAUGCAGCUUCAGCAGGGAACAUCAGUGACUGGACAAUCCCUUCAGUUCCCAAAAAUCUCUCUGUGGUGGUUGGAAAGAACAAGACAAUGCUCAUCUCUUGGGACAGUGUUUCUGGCCAGCAAGAUGACUGCCAACUGUGGCUGCGAGAUCCCAAGAACAGCUCAUUGCCCCAGCAUCACACUGUCACCAAAGGUCAAGUACAGCACAUCUUCCAGGGGCUUAUCCCAGGAAGGAACUACUCCAUCUCCUUGAGCUGUGUGGCUGGGCCCUACUGGAGCAGCACCAAACCCUUGGCAGUACCAAUAGAACCAAACCCAGUGGAGGAUGUGCAAUGCCUGCCGGAGUCCAGGAGUCUCUACUUGAACUGGACCAGCUCUUCUGGAGAUGUGGAGGCCUACGAGGUGAUGACAGAGAGACUUUCUGAUGGACCUCCCACCUCCAAGUACUUUAUGAGUGUCUCUAGAAGUGAGGCCAGCGUGGAAGGACUGGGGCCAAACUCUUUAUAUCGAAUCACUGUGAGUACAGUGGGCAAGAACAGGAUGAGGAGCCAGGCCUUAUCUCUGCUAUGCAACACAGCAGUGGAGGCUCUGCCUCCACCCCUGCGAGCAGAUGUCUUCCAAGUGGAAGCCAGCUCCACAGUUAUCAUUUCAUCCGACCUGUUCAGUGAGGAGAAUGGCCAGAUUGAGUAUUAUGGUGUCAUCGUUACCACUAAUGACUCGUUGCUGUGGCCCACCCAGGAAAUCAUGUCUAGCACAUGGUAUGACCACUAUUAUGGAACAGAGGACUCCUACUUGGCUGUACUAAUCCCCAAUCCCUUCCAUUCGAGCCCCAGGAGCUCCCCUAAAACCUGGCCAGUGCCAGUGGGAAUAGAGGAGUGUGGCCAGUCCAGGACAACAUGCAACGGGAAGCUGAAAGCUGACAAACAGUACAGGUUCAGCAUCGCAGCCUUCACCAGAUAUGACCCAGUAGCCCCUGCAGUGUCAUUCACCACAUUCUCAGCUGCUGGAGCCAGUGCAGAUGCAACUCCAUUCCCCAUGCCAGUCAUAGCUGGAAUUGUCGUGGGAUUUCUCUUGACACUCACAGCUAUUUUUGCUUUAGUCUAUCGGAAAAAGCUCAGAACAAAGAGAACCAAGAAGAGCAGCCUGCCCCAGGAAAUGGUGACUUACAGCCUAAGAAAUGUCCAUCAGCCAAUCCCCAUACAGAACUUCAAGCAAUACUAUGAGAUGAAGACAGCAAGUGGUAAUCAUUCUUUCUUCCAGGAGUUUGAGGAGCUGAAGGAAGUUGGAAAGGAGCAACCAAAGGUGGAGGCUGAGCUGUCUACCAAUAUCUCCAAGAACAGAUAUCCACAUGUGCUGCCCUACGAUCACUCGCGAGUCAAGCUGAGCCAACUGGGGGAGGAUCCGCAUUCAGACUAUAUCAAUGCCAAUUUCAUGCCUGGCUAUACAUCCCAGCAGGAGUUCAUUGCCACCCAGGGGCCCCUGAAGAAAACGAUAGAGGACUUCUGGAGGCUAGUAUGGGAGCAGAAUGUCUGCAACAUCAUCAUGUUGACAGUGUGCAUGGAGAAUGGGCGGGUCCUCUGUGAUCAUUACUGGCCAUCAGAAUCUGCCCCAGUAUCCUAUGGGCAGGUCCAGGUCCACCUGCUGAAGCAGAGCAGCUCUGAAGAAUGGACCAUGCGUGAGUUCAAAUUGUGGCAUGAAGGUCUCCAGGCAGAGCGACAUGUGUCCCACCUGCACUACACAGCAUGGCCUGACCAUGGAAUCCCUGAGUCUACAACUUCUAUUAUGGCCUUCAGGGAGCUAGUCCGAGAACAUAUCAAGGGUGCCAAAGAUGCUGGGCCAACUCUUGUGCACUGCAGUGCCGGAGUGGGCCGCACUGGCACCUUCAUUGCCCUGGACUGUCUGCUGCAGCAGAUGAAGCAGGAGAAGAUAGUGGACACUUUUGGUGUUGUUUACACCUUGCGGAUGAACCGUUACCAGAUGAUUCAAACCCUGUCCCAGUAUAUUUUCCUGCACAGCUGUAUCCUGGAGAAGAUAUUGGAGGAGCCACUCCUGGGUCUAUCUGAAACAGAGAUGUCCUGCCCCAUCCCGCUCAAAAGCUUUGCACAGCACUAUGCCCAGAAAGCAGCCAAGUUCAAUGGGGGAUUCCUGAAGGAAUAUGAGACCCUCCUAGAGGCUGUUAAGGAAGAAGCCAGCUCUGCAACACCAUCUUCAGGCAGCCAGCAAGCACAGCCCUCUUCCAGCAUCCUCCCAUAUGAUCGUGCCAGAGUCAAGUUUUCCCUGCUGGAACAAGGCACUUCUUCAGGUCUCCUUCAGGUGUGGCGUAUCCCAGGCUGCAGUUCUAGCAGGGAUUAUUUGGCUGUCCAGGGACCUGACAAGGUGACCAUGGAGGAGUUCUGGACCUUGGUGUGGGAACAGGAUGUCCACACAAUCCUAACACUUCUCCCUUGGCACGAGAAGGGGGAGGUCCCAAGUGAGGCAUGCUGGCCCCUGGAAGGAGACUCUCUCUGCACAGAGAUGCUUACAAUCCAGUGUGGUGCAGAGAAACCUGUCUCAGGAUGGAGGUGUAUCCAGCUCAAAAUGAAACAUGAGAAGAAAGCAAAGGAGAAGCAGGUGCAAAGAUUCCUGUACACACUCUGGAACAGCAAGAAGCAUCCAGAUGUCCAAAGCCUGGUGGAGUUCCUCACUGCUGUCAAACGGUGCAUACCCCAUCGGAAGAGAGCCAGUCCUCUCAUCCUGCACUGCAGCAGUGAUGUGAGCCAGAUGGGAACACUGAUUGCCCUGGAUAGCCUGUUGCACCAACUGAAAGCUGAAAGAAGCGUGGAUGUCUAUGGGGUAACCCUCCAGCUGAUGAGAAGCUGCUGUCUCAUGACCCCAACGCUGGACCAGUACAUGUUCCUGUACACCUGCAUCCGGGACAUCAUUGCUCAAAAAGAGCCCUAAACCCUCUCAGCAUUUUCUGGCACCUUUGUGGGGGUCCUAAGCAGAGCCAGAAGCUGGAGAGAGAGCUCUGUGGGACUCUUGGCACAAAUGAGAUCUACACCAAGAGGGGACCCAUCUGAAUGCAGCCGCUAAUGGGUCCUACAUGAAUCACAGCUGCUGGCAGAGACAUCAGGUCUUCUGAGGAGGCUCAGGCAGUGCUGAUUCUGACACACACACUGCUGCAGCCCAGCCCCUCAGAUUCCUGGUGCCUGGAAGAUUAACCUAACUGUGGUGCGUAGUCCUUGCUUUGGAGUCCUGCAGAGCUCUUGCCCCUCAGUACCAGAAGGAUAAAACCCUCUGUCUGCAGGCCCUAUAUCCAGCAGGCUGCUAACAUCUGAUGAAGGCCCUUGGCUGCAUAGGCUAUGUAUGCAUUUCACAGCACCUAUGGGCACAGCAUGCGCUGAGAUGUCAAAUGUUGCUGUGGACAGAGCAUCCUGGGAGUAGACCUGUCUUGGCUGAUGGAUCAAUAUUAGGUACAAACAAUAAACAGCCCUAGGGAAGAGUGUGCUCUUAGAAGUGGGUUGGCUUUCCUGGGGUCCCAGAGAGGUCCAGGACUUCCCCUGCUGCAGCAAAGUACCCAUUCCAAAAGGGCAGCUGCGUCCCUAUCCAGGAGGGCCAUGAGUAAUAGACUAGGUGCCUUCGGCCAAACCAGGCAUCGCAGCCUAUAGGUGUACAUGUAGGAGCCAUGGCUCAAAUUCUGAAUGUAUUAAGAAGAGAGGGAGCUGCUGAUAUAAGAAAGACUGGUGCUCAUCCCCUCAGACAGAGGAGGGAUGGACCAUGCCUGGAACAAAACCCAGCAUUUCCCCACCAGCAGUGUUGGACAAAUUCUUUGGCUUUUGUUUACAAAGUGUGGCCCAGAAAUUCCAGGUGCUGAGCACAGUUAGGUCUCAAAGAUGUGUGUAGAUGCAAGCUUUAGCCUACUGUCCAAUAAACUCUUAUUCAA